UGCUACGAUUACAUCUUGACAUUGGACCGUGAAAUCAAAUUUAUAUGGAAGGCCGACCUCUCACUUGCAACUUCACUUUUCUAUGCCUUCAGAUAUGCCGCGCUAUCCAAUACAAUCAUUGUAUUGCUUAUAUGUUCAUUUUGCGACUGGUACAUGAAGAGGGAUUUGACAAUUUGGACAGUUUUUGCGGCAUUACGGGUAUAUGCCAUCUUCAGUCGCAACAAAUGGAUGUUCGGCUUGGUUCUCUUAUCCGGAAUGAUCAAUCCAGCCAUCUCCAUCGUAAGAUGUGUCCAAUGCUUAGGCUUUAUGCUCCGCUAA